CCGAUUGGAUCUCUCUCCAUUACAUGAAAACAAAAGUGAGGCAUACACUUUGGAAAAGUUUGGGGCCAGGGUUCUGUCAGUUAAGGACAGCAGAUCACUGUGUGUUUGUGUGUGUGUGUGUUUGUGUGGGUCUGCCUUACAGCUGUCAACUUACAGAACAGCAUCUUAUAUCGGUGCUAGAUGUGUUUAUGAGAACGUCUGCCUGUAACAAAAGAGAGGGGACAGAGGACAGGAAAUGGCACAGUGAGCACAUUGAAACGUGCUUGAAAGAGUUCAAGAAGGUUAAAAAAAUAAUGGACGAUGGCUGUGAAGACACCUGUAAAGUCCUUAUUGCAGAAACUCCCGAGUGCUUCAUCUGCAGAGACGUGCAGCUGGUGGACGGAGAACCACUGAAAAGGUUUUGCGACUGUAAGAACCUCAUGGCGCAUCAUAGUUGCCUGCUCACUUGGGUCAGAAUGGGGCUGAAGUUGGAGGAUCAGCUGAAGUGUCGUGUGUGUAAUGCAACGCACCAAGUGGCCUCCACAACCCUCCAUAAUGGCUUGCAGACUCUCCCACCUGACCAGGGUAAUGCAACCCAAUACCCUUUAAAUGGGAGUCAUUUUCAGCUUUUGUUGCCUCGCCGAGCCUUUGGGGCAGCUGAGCGAGGCAGGCCGGGGACACUGAGCGUGCAAAACAAUUUCGAGCAAAGUGAGCAGCACUCUUCCCUUCACCUUACUCAUGAGUGAACACACACACACACACACACACACACACACACACACACACACACACACACACACACACACACACACACACAGCAUUCAAUCAGUAGCGUCAUACACUUUUUUUUUUUGGAGGGGACACACCUUUAACCCUACUGUCUAUCAUGACCAUUUCCUGGUGCUGGUUCCAUGUCCCCUGAAUGUGUCUCCUACUACCUCUAGGAAUACUGUUUCUUUCUUCUGCUCAUAUUUCUGCACAUUUUAAGUGAUUUGAAAAUCCCAUUUUGUAUGUGUCUCAACAGGUUGUGCCUGGAUUUAGCUUUAUUGUGCAGCAAUAUCAAAAUCUCCUAUCAGUUGAUCCUAUUGGUGUAUUUAUCUGUAAAAACCAUUGUGAAUUAAAAUCCUACACAAUGUCCAACACAGAACAUUGAGCGAUUUGGGCUGUAUUUAGGAAUGGUGACCAAAAUUUUCUAUUGAAACAGCUUGUGCACCUGCUUAAAUCAGUUAUCCGGUUGUAGUUUUUUCCUAGUAGAAGCAUCUGUGACAAGGUUUUUUUAAUUAGCAUGUAGAGCACUCCUUUAAACAUAAACUCUUGCUUCUUAAGGAAAAAAAUAAUAAUAUUUUUGACCAAAUAUAAUAAUAUUAAAUGGUAACAUAGUAAUGUUGUGAUACAUGGAUGAAAAGAUGGCAACCAUGGAAAUAACAUCUAAUAGUAGUGUAUUAUAAACAGUUUAUAAACAGUGCAUUAAUUUGACUGGUUAAAAAGAGUUAUUCACUAUAACUUCAAUGAGUUGUUUCACCGUGUGUUUCACUCCACUCUUAUGUGUUCAUCCGCUAAUAUUUUACUCUCUUGUUCGAAAUGUUUUCCACCGUAGCGUUAGUAACAUUAUUAAGCAAAACAAUUUCAGGAAUAUAUUUUUUUCCUUAAAAAGGCAAGCAGGGACACCAAUUUUACCUGAAUCUCCUUUAAUGGGAAAUUCUAAAUAAAUGUGAGCUUGCCAGUUAGCCAACAUGCUUCAAAGUAAAUGUAGAAUCUUGUAGAUUCAUGUGGUUAUACUGAAUAUCAGAAGGGCUGUGAUUAGCUCAGGCACUCGUGGAGUAUCUUCACACCGAUUACCAAAUCACAUCCAAUAUUCUGUAUAAACACACUCUUGCUUAUGCAGUAUUUCUUAAAUAUUGCUGCCUCACUGCAAAUCUGGUUUAAUUGACCAAUAUAGCUUCCACCAUUUUUAAUAAUUCUACAGCUUAUGAAAUAUCACUUGAUCCAGCACUUCCAAUUAUUUUGACAGUCUGACAGUAUACAAGUUAAACGAUUGAAAUAUGGUAUGAAUAACGGUCACUGAGCUUACUCAUUGCUGUGAGAAGUCUAAGCUCUCCAAAGCGGCCUGCUAAAUGUACUGCAUUCAUUCUCAGCUUGUGUAAACACUGAAAUGAAUCGAUUUCUCAUCUUGUUGCCUUCAAUGACUAACAUUAGCAUUGCUAGUCAAUUAGGUUAAAAAGGGCCGAUUAUUAAAGAUGUGAUAGGAUAAGCUCUGGAUCCACCUUGACAUUGACCAGGAUAAUGAAUGAGGAAUGACUCUUUUAUCUAAAAUAAACAAAUAAUUAAAGCUCUGUCUAGUGUGCUGCAGCUGCUACAUAACCAGAUACAACUAUUUUCAAUUAAAUUGCUAUUUAAUAUCAUAUAGUAAGAGGGCAUGUGGCCUGUCAGAGCGUAUAUGAGCAUGAGCCACUGGUAGCAUGUGCUAAGCCUUUCUGUUCACAUUUAAAAUCUUGUUAAAGCCUCAAUUUGAAGCUUUCACUGUUUCAUCUCCUGCUGUGAAACACACACAGGCGCACACACACACAAACACACACACACACACACACACACACACACACACACACACGCACACAAGUCAUGUCUCAUAUUACUUACACACACAUGUCACAUGCUAGUAGACAUACAUAUCAUCAGGGGCAGAUCUACAGCAUGGCAGGAGUGGGCUACCUCCUCCUCUUCAUUAACCUCAGUUGCCACCCUACUUUGGCAGCCUAAGAAAUAAUAUAUAACAUCAAGCAUUCACACACACAGCCCAGUUAAAAGAAUCGCAAUCCGCCUCUGCGUGUGCUAGAGAAGCUUUCCAACUCAUACAAUACACAUAACACAUCAUCUGACCUAAUAUUCCAUUAGUAUUGCAGAACUGUCGUUGGGUGUGAGUGAGUAAGAACGGGAACAGUAACCUUUUAACAUAAAGUUCAACCCAAAAUGGGAACAUUUAAUGUGUACUGAGUUUAUUGCUCUAAUAAUCACUUCACCACACAACAUCUCUAGUUAUAUUUAACACUGAAUGUUAUUUAUUAAAUGAAAAGAAGGCUACUGCAUGGCUUCAUCUGUUUUUACUGACAACAUUUCCAAAACUGACUCUUUAGAUUUUUCUCUUUAAUUAAUAAAAGUGGUAAUGUUAAUUACCAAAAUGCUUGUAAUGUUCUUUGACAUUUAAAAAUUAUAUG